AUGUCAUUGUCUGCUGGUGAUACGUCAUCGUCUGCUUGUAAUACGUUAUUGUCUGCUGGUGAUAGACCAUCAUCUGGUGGUAAUAUGCCAUCUUCAGCUGGUGAUACGUCACCACCUGCUGCUGAAAUGUUACCAUUUGCUGAUCAAAUGCCGUCGUCUUCUGGCACUUGGUUAUCUUCAGCUGGCGAUAUGCCAUCGUCUACUGAUUGUUUGCCAUUGUCUGCUGGUGAUAGGGCAUCGUCUGCUGGUGAUAUGCAGACUUCUGCUGGUGAUAUGCUGUCGUCUGCUGGUUAUAUAUCAUCGUCCGCUGAUGAUAUAUUUUCGUCUGCUGGUAAUAAAUCAUUAUCUGCUGUUGAUAGGUCAUCGUCUGCUGGUGAAAUGCAGUCAUCUGCUGGUGAUAUGUUGUCGUCUGCUGGUUAUAUUCUAUCGUCUCUGGUGAUAUAUUUCGUCUGCUGGUAA